UCUUGUUUCUUUUCUUUUCCUUUUUUUUUUCUCUAACCCAUUCUUAAAUUUCAUGCUUUUUGGUACGAAGCAGAAAAAGAUGUAUAGAUCAGCAAGCUGGAGCCGAGUUUCAGAUGACUAUUACUCGUCGCCCAAGGCGGGGACAGGGCUGCGAAUGUCAUCAUCGGUGGAAGGCAAUAAUGAGGUGCCAAUGUAUGACCCCAUCAUAGAGAUGGCGAAGAAAGAAAAGUCACGGGCUAGGUUUGCUGAGAAUGCCGUCCAUAUAAUUCCUUUGGUGCUCCUUGUUUGUGCCCUCAUUCUUUGGUUCUUUUCCAAUGCAGAUGUGGAAGUGGUAACGAAAGCGGAUUCAGUAGCAGCAAGAAUCGAAGGAUUGACUAUCGAUGGGGACAUUGAUCAUGAUAGUGAUGGUACUCAGGCAGGGUUUUUGCCAGUCGGGGAUUCGGUGGACGCCGAUACAUCAAAACAACCUAAAGAUAAAAAAGCUUCAAGGAAGCUGCAGAAUUACAAUCUCAAAUGAUGAUUUCCCUUCCUUGUUGUCCUCAAAAGAUCAAUGAUAUGAAGACAAAGGCAGCAUCAACUCCCCUACGCCUACUUUCCUUGAGGAACAUGGGAGAGAAAGGAAAAUUAUCCAACUCGCCUUCAUCCCUAGAGAAAAUUCAUGUUCAUGGUAAUUGAAAUACAUGGUUUCAGGAUUACCUAUUCCAGAAUUUAAUAUUUUCAGUUCCCAUUUUUA